AUGUACGGGACAAACGAUCGGCCAAAUGAAGGUGGCGGAAGCGUCAACCAGCUGGGAGGGAUGUUUCUCAACGGCAGACCUCUCCCAGAACCCAAGAGGAGGAAAAUGAUUGAACUGGCCACGGAGGGAGUCCGACCGAACCAGAUCUCCAGGAUACUACGGGUGUCCAGCGGGUGCGUCAGUAAGAUCCUGAGCCGCUACCGCCGGACUGGACUCCUGGUGCCCAAAACCAUCGGAGGCAGCAGACCUCGGCUUCUCACCCCCGGGGUCAUCUCCACCAUCAUCCAGUGCAAAAGGGAGAAUCCAACCAUCUUUGCCUGGGAAAUUCGUAAACGUCUGGCAGCAGCGCGGAUGUGUAAAGCCUCCAAGGUUCCGAGCGUGUCCUCCAUAAAUCGGAUUCUCAGAAGGAUUCACUUGGACCACGGGCCGAUGUGCAUGGAGAUCAAUGCGCACAUGAGAACCGAUCAGUAUUUUGACUCUCUGAUUCAAGAAGAAGUGAGAGAGAGAAAGAUGUCCGACCAGAGGACCAAUGACCCCCCCCAGCACCGGAACCGCACCACCUUCACCCAGGAGCAGAGCGCAGCGCUCGAGCAAGAAUUCUCUCAGAGCCCGUAUGCAGACAUGUACACCAGAGAGAAGCUGUCCGCUGAGACCAGACUCCCCGAGGACACCAUCAAGGUCUGGUUUUCAAACAGACGAGCUAAACUGAGGAGGGAAGCCAAACACAGGAGCGACACACGGUGCACGAGCCAUCCUGCCGAUAGGACAUCCGUCUGGGCCCAACCGUCGUUCCCUCAUCCGCCUCGCAUGGCCCAGGCCGCGACGGGCCGGGCCCCGGUGGAUCACCGCGGCGACAGAUCCACUCUCCAGUGCUGGAACCAUCAGGGGGCUUCGUGCGCCUGGGGGUUUGUGUCUGCUCAGCAGCCGUGGCACGGGACGCCGCCUCACCUGUGCCGCCUGGACUGA